AUGAUGGGGUGGUGGUCCUCCGGGGCCAAUACAGCCCUGGAUGAGCAAAUAGAGAAGGCUACGAGCAGCAGCCUUGAAGACAUCGCCCUCAAUCUCGAAAUCUCCGACGUCAUCCGUUCCAAGACGGUGCAGCCCAAGGAAGCCAUGCGCUCGCUCAAGAAGCGCAUCAACCACAAGAACCCAAAUACCCAGCUUAGUGCGCUCAACCUCACCGACACCUGCGUCAAGAAUGGCGGCGCCCACUUCCUCACCGAAAUCGCGACCCGGGAGUUUAUGGAGAGCCUGGUGUCUCUUCUCAAAGCAGUCGGCCCCGGUACCAUCAACGCCGAAGUCCGCGCCAAGAUCCUCGAGCUUAUUCAGUCCUGGGCCACGGCCACCGAGGGCCGCUAUGAGCUUGGCUAUAUUGGGGAGGUGUACAAGACGCUGCAGAGGGAGGGCUUUCAAUUCCCUCCCCGAGUCAGCGUCGCGAGCAGCAUGAUAGACAGCAGCGCACCCCCUGAAUGGGUAGAUUCGGACGUUUGCAUGCGAUGCCGAACCGCCUUCACCUUCACCAACAGGAAACACCACUGCCGGAAUUGUGGAAAUUGUUUCGAUCAGCAGUGUUCGAGCAAGACCCUACCGCUCCCCCAUCUCGGCAUCCUCCAACCAGUCCGUGUGGACGAUGGGUGCUAUGCAAAACUCACUGAUAAGUCCUCCCGAGGCGGUGGAUCAAGCCACGAGCGCCCCGCGACGCUGUAUUCUUCGUUUCCCUCAAAGCCCCGGGUGUCUUCGAUGCAGCCGCGGAACGCUCGGGUGGAUGAUGGGUUCGACGAAGAUUUGAAGAAGGCCUUGGCAAUGAGCCUCGAGGAAGUCAAGAGCCAUUCUCGGAACUACGCGUCCUCGUCAGCCAAUGGGCCACCUUCCAGCCAGCCAAAGGUCAACGGGCACCCCCAACCCAAAGUCGCAGAGGAAGAGGACGAGGAUCUAAAGGCUGCCAUUGCAGCUUCUCUGGCGGAUAUGGAGGAGCAAAAGACGAAACACGCUGCGGCGCUGAAGGAACAGGCCUCGAACGCGACAACCUCGACACCAGCCACAACCUUUGCACUUCCCAAGAACGACUAUGAGCUAACGCCCCUGGAGGCGGAGAACAUCAACCUCUUUGCUACUCUCGUCGACCGCCUCCAGACUCAGCCGCCAGGGACAAUACUGCGCGAGCCGCAAAUUCAAGAGCUCUAUGACAGCAUCGGUGCACUGCGCCCCAAGCUGGCUCGAACCUAUGGGGAAACGAUGAGCAAGCAUGACACCCUCUUGGAUCUGCAUGCGAAAUUGUCCACAGUGGUCCGUUAUUACGACCGAAUGCUCGAGGAACGUUUAUCCAAGGCAUACAGUCAACACAGCAUAGGGGGCUACCAGCCUCCUGCGCAAAGACAGGCCUCUGGGCCAUACCCUUCCUUGCAGCCCAGUGCGCCCAGCGCUGGGGGCCCGGCUGAGAGCUUCUACACGGGAGAGCAGCAGCAGGACUACAGCCGCCUGUCCGCUCAACCGUCCUACCCGCCGCCGGCGCAGCAGCCGCAAUACGGGGCUUAUGACAGACGAGCUUCCGUUGCCGGUCCUAGUAACCAAUAUCCCCCUCAGCAGAUGCCCCAACAUACAGGGAGCUGGGCCCCUGUGCAGACCUUACAGUACAACCAGCAGCCCUCCCAUCCUCCUUCGCACGAAGCAACGCCUCCUCAAGCAGGGCAACUCCAACAAACAUCGACUCCAGCGCAGCUCUCCGCACCCGCAGCAAAUGACUCGGUCGGCACUACUCCAACUGCUGACCCCAGCGCAUCCUUUUACUUUAACCCGCAGCAGCAGCCACAGCAACCGCCACCGCAGCAGGGCCCCAGUUCUCCUCCUGAUCCUGCAAUGUCACCCUACCCGAACCUCGCUCAACCCAUGCAAUCGUAUCAGCCAUCGCUGCCUCAGACGCCAGCAUCUGCACAGGCUCAGCCGUCUCAGCCGCAGCAGCAGUCGCACCAGGCGCCACCGCAACAGGCCCAGCAACCGUACUGGCAGCAUUCUGCUGCUCAGCAGACACAGCUCCCGCCAGUGUGGCAGGCGCCUCCCAGCGCUGCAUAUGCUGGCUACUCCCAGGAGUCUUUUCCCUUGGCGCCGCAGCAUGCGCCGAAGCAGCCGGUUGUGGAAGAGAGUUUGAUUGAUCUCUGA